CGCCGUGUUGCUCACCGGUGGGUCACCGUAGCCCGACGAGGACCGUGGUUUGCAAUAACAUCGUCCAUCAGCGCGAUCUCGGCGACUGGAGGAAGAAGAUCCCCAAGAAGAAGAGAAGAUAUACGGUAAUUGGACUGCAAUCGCUGCUGGCUUCCUCUUCAGAUCUUUGGAUCUUUGGGCGGGGUCGAUUUGUUCAAGCCCGAUCUCACUCCGAUCCGACCGCACACCCGUGUAUUUCGUGCCUCUCGCCGUUUGGAGUAUAGAUUGGCCGUAUUGCUCUGAUAAUUUCUGCGGCUUGCUCGCCCGGUUCACGCGUCUUGGAGUGGAUUAAAUUCAUCAUCAUCGUAACUUGGGCUUUGAUAUUUGGCAGUUUAGUUGAAAAGAGUUAUAAUUCAUGAUGCUGCUCACUUAUGAAGAGAAGUCACCAAAUUGAAUGGGCAUCCUUGGACGUUGGAGAUGUCACAGAGCGGGUUUUCCUUCUUUAGAAGUACUGGAUGGUUUGAUGAGAAAAAGGUCGACUUGUCCAGUAAACAAGAUGUUGCUCCUUCUCUGAGUAUCCUGCUCGACAAAGAAAUAUACAGGCCUGGCGAUUUGGUAACUGCUACUGUUGAGAUUUGUUCCCCUAAAGUUUCAAAUGGAUAUACUGAUGGAGGGAAUUGGAGCAAUAAAGCCUCCUCGUUCUUGCUCGAUAAUUUUAGUUUUGAAGUCAAGGGUCUCGAGAAGUUGGAUUCCCAAUGGUUUUCCACUCAGAAGCCAUUGCCCGGGUUGAAGCAAAGGAGAGGUGAACACUUGUUUCUGGACUGUAUGGCACCAUCAAUAGUUUCAAAGGUGAUAAUUUCUUCUGGGUGUAGCAAAACAUAUGUGUUACGUGCUGAGCUACCAAAGAUUUUGCCACCAUCUUACCGGGGUGUCAGCAUUCGCUAUAUUUAUUAUGUAAGAAGUACAAUAUCCGGGAGGUGGUUUGUACUGGAUAACAAUGAUGGUAGUGGAGUGUCCACGGAUGAUUUGAUUCAAGUGGAAGCUCGAGCUCCACUGCAGAUUUGGGUACUAGAAAAGAGCAACAACUUGCUGACUGAAGAAGGAAACUUACCAAUUGCAGCUGAUCAGUUGGAUAUAUAUUGGAGAGAGAAAGAUGCAGAUUCUGAAUGGGUUCGGGCCAAUGAAAAUCUGGAUGUACUGGAUGAAGAAUAUGAUAGCUCAAAAGAUGAAGUAUCAUCUGUUUCCUCCUACAAUCCUAGUAGAGGAAAUUUUGAUAUGCCUUAUCGGAGUUCUUUAUCCUUGCAGUCAAUUGCAUCAAGGCUUUCUAGUAAUGAUUUUCAUAAUUUUCAAGCUGACCGCACCACUGUUCCCUCUCAUGUUCCUCUUGCUCAGUUGUCUGUAGCUGAGGCCAUAGAUGAUCCUGGUGCAGGUGAGUCAUCACCUCAGAAUAGGUUGAAUGAUUCUUUAUCUACUCCCUCUCCCAGUCAGCAAAGAAGUUCUCAAGAGUCAAAGUUUCUUAAGGAUGAUAUUGUAUCACCUUAUAUGCCUAAACCUGUUGAACCUCUGUCAUCAGAAGGCUUCAUUCGUGGAAGGUCUUACAAUAUUAAGAUUGAUGACCAAACUUUGCUUCGGUUCUCUCCUAAGAACUCUGACUCAACUUACUACUUUGGCGACAUGAUUGGUGGCACUCUUACUUUCUUUCAUGGAGGAUUCAGGAGAUGCCUUGAGAUUGCAAUAACUUUGGAGAUUGCAGAAACAAUUACCCAAUGUUUUGUUCAUCCUUCGAGGAGGAGCUCACCAACUAUCACUAAGGUUCAGAGUGAACAUCAUGAGGUAGUGGCUGAUUUGGUUCAGACAAGCUUUCUUUUCUCAAUUCCUAUUGAUGGGCCAAUAUCCUUUUCCACACCAAAAGUAUCAGUGCAGUGGUCACUUCGCUUUGAGUUUUUCACCACUCCCAAGGAUUUGGACUUGAGUAGGUACGAGCAUCCUCUACUCAUUGAGCAAAGAGAAAAAGGAGAAUGGAUUCUUCCAAUAACAGUUCAUGCACCUCCUCUAAGAAUUCGAGCUGGGCAGACAACAAAUGAGAAGCCUUUGUCUCUCGGAAAUCUCCAAUGUGCUUAAAGAUUUUUUUUCUUUCAGGAGGUGGUGAUUCUGCCGUGCUUUAUUUUGGAAUAGCUAGCUACAUUUAAGGAGCAGUCAGGCAUGUGGCUUAAUCGAAUCUCUUCGAAUUGCCAACCAGCUCAAAGCCGUAUGUGCUAACUGGUCAUUGAACAAACAUCUGCAUGAACACACCAUAGAGAAUGACAUGGCACUCUGAAGUUUCACCCUUCAUCUGCUAUGGCAAUUUCUGUGGAUCGACCCACAGCCACCACAUGUACGAUGCCAAACUCCUAUAACCAUUAUCCCCAAUCUUUUAUCUCGAGAGAAAUUUACAAGAUUUCAUGCAUUUAAAUUCAUGGUUAACCAAGAACUGUAAGAUUGCUCCCAUUGCGUUUUGUCAAUCAAGAGACUCUACUAUCUGUCGUGCGACUA